GUAAUAAUCUAAAUUAUGGCUGACUCGCUAAUUAACAUCAAUCAGAUUCCACCAGCUAAUAAUAAUGAUGAUAACUACCGAGUAACUUUUGGUAUCUUCACAAAGAUGCAAAUUGAAACAGAGCCGUGCCACCAGCAAACCAAAUCUUCAGUCAUGAUGGACAAUGCUGUACCUAGCUCAUCGAAUGGUGAACAAAUCUUGCCAGACUUUGGUGGCUUCUUGGACACUGGGAGAACAGGCCGACGAAAUGCAAUCCCUGACAUUCAUGUGGACUCGUCUGCAAAUGUUUCCACAGCUGAUCUACCUUUAGACUUCGAGAAGCUGACUUGUUCAAAUAGUUAAUUGUUAUCAAGUGGAUUUCAUCAUCUUAAUUUAAGACAUAACUCGCAUUUUCAAAGUCAAACUCAUUACUGAACCUUUUAUACUUGUUCACAUGCAUAGAGAGAGAGGUAAUGGUUUAAUUUGACUCACUCUUGGUAAAGGACUAUUCUCUUGGAUAAUCUCCAACUAACAUGUUCCGAUUUUAAUUCAGAUUGGAUGUUUCAAUGAAUUUCAUUGCUUAUCUUCACUUUUGCACUCUCAUGGGAAUGUCUACUAAAUGUCAACUAGAGGAAACAAGCAACGACGAUGCAAAAUACUCCGGAAAAUCAUGUCAUUUUUAACCGUUCCUCUUUAGUUGAAGCACAGGAUCUGAUCCAAUCAUUUUGUAAUCAUCAUUCGAUGGCUAUAGUUAUUGUUUUUAUCACCUUCCAUCAAACCCAUCAAAUCACCAAAACAUUGUCUGUUUAUUUUUGAUGGCAGGAAAUCCUGCUUUUGUUUUCUUCGCUUUUUUGUGUUGUUAAUUUACAAAAUUGUAGAGAAAGCUUUUUGCUACAUGAAACGGAAUUUUUUGGACAAAAUGAAUUUAAUGGAUACAAAAAUUUUUAAUAAAACAAGAAAAGUUUUGACAAAA